AUGGAUUUUCAAAUGUAUAAUGAUGCUGAAAAGCAACAUAUUCAGAGAAUAAUUGAACAAAAGCAGAUGCGAGACUUUUUAAAAUUUUACACGAGUUUGGUCGAACGAUGUUUUGAUGAUUGUGUUAAUGACUUUACUUCAAAAGCUUUAACUUCAAAAGAGGAAGCAUGUAUUAACCGUUGUGCCGAUAAAUUCUUAAAACAUAAUGAACGGGUAGGGCAACGAUUUGGUGAAUUAAAUCAACAACUAAUGCAGCAACAGCAACAAGCUCAACAGCCUCAACUACCUCAGCAAAGUAGUAGUAAAUGGUUUUAA